AUGUCCCCAGCAGCUACAUCGUCAAACAUCUUUGGGGCGCCAAUUGCAACUAGUGCCCCUGCAUCGUCUUUCCCUGUUCAGAAGGAGCAUCCAGUAUCUCGAAAAGGGAUCAUCAAUAAAUCUGGGCCGAUAGGUACGAAUAAAUUCUAUGCCAAUUUCUUUCUUGGUAACCAGACGUCGCCCACAUUCGUGCACCCGUAUUCAGUUGUUUGGGCGCAUGGUCAGGGAGCAUCGUCCAGCUGGGGGUUGGCGAUCUCACAUAUCGAUGCACAUCAGAUAGUGUACGGUAAAGCAUCGAAAGAAACAGGUGCCGCGCAAUACUUUUUGAGCCCUGUUGGAAUUCAGUCAUUAUGUCUCUCGGCGUUGGAACUGGGUCCAAAGACUAGUUUGACAACCGAUAAUCUGUCUGCACACUCGGUCAACGUCAACUUACACAGUGAUCCCAAAGCGAAGCCCCUUGUCACAUUCCCCUUGGUGCAAGGUAUGGGGUUCGUUACAGCUAUCUACCAAGGAGGAACUCCGCUUAUCAACACUGGUAUCUACUUCAAGACGGUCACAAAAUCAAUCAAGGGGCCUAAACCAGGCGUGACCAAGUACACGCUAUAUUUGGAGGACGGAAAUGUAUGGCACGUAUACGCCUAUUCGGAAAAGGGCGACACUUUUGACCUCACCGUCGUCAACAAUGGAAUGGCUAAGGCCGAGAAGCCGUUCAACGGUAUCAUUCAAGUUGCCAAGGAUCCCGGCGACGCCGAGACCGUAAUAGACGCCGCAUCUGGUGCAUACCCCGUCAACGUGACGCUUUCCGGCUCAGUAUCUGGGUCGAAGGGCACAUACACGUUCAGUUUCGAGAAGGCAGGAAUUUCAGAUGUUAAACCACUAAUUUACGCUCUGCCUCACCAUGUCGACUCCUUCGACGAUGCGACCCAUAAAAGUAUCACGACGGCGAAGCUACAAACCACGACCAAGGGAGUAGCCGUGGGCGUGGUUGCAGAUUCGUGGACGAUGGUUGAACCUAAUAUGCCUGUCUCGAUGGGUCUUGCUCCUUGGGAUCCCGUCGACGCUAUGAACGAAACUGCCCAGGAUGCACUCCACCAGUCGGACCCAGAAUUCAAUGCGUUGGCGAAGUUCGCUGGAAUCUGUUACGUAGCCAACGACUUGCUCAAGAACACGGCAUUAGCUGAGAGAGGGUUAGGAAACUUGAAGGCCGCUUUCAGUCGGUUCUCAGCAAACAAACAGCAAUUUCCGCUGUACUAUGAAACUGCCUGGGGAGGUCUUGUGUCUUCUGCAACUUACCAGACCGGAAAUGAUGGUGCAGAUUUUGGCAAUACGUUCUACAAUGAUCACCACUUUCACUACGGUUAUUUCAUCUACGCUGCAGCUAUCAUCGGCUAUCUUGAUCCUAGUUGGCUUACCAAAGACAAUGUCGACUACGUGAACUCGCUAGUCAGAGACAUUGCCAAUCCUUCUCCUUCAGAUAAAUACUUCCCAGUCUCGCGUAAUUUCGACUGGUACCAUGGCCACAGUUGGGCUCAUGGCCUAUAUGAAACCUCUGAUGGAAAGGACCAGGAAUCAAGCUCGGAAGAUGCGAUGCAUGCUUAUGCCAUCAAGGUGUGGGGAAACACGAUCAAGGACGCUAAUAUGGAGGCCAGAGGUAACCUAAUAUUGUCAAUCAUCGCUCGUUCCAUAAACCAGUACUAUCUCUAUACUGAAGACAACAAUGUCCAACCGUCCCAGUAUGUGGGAAAUAAGGUUGCCGGAAUUUUGUUCGAGAACAAGUGCGAUCAUAAUACGUACUUCGGGUCCAACAUCGAAUACAUCCAAGGUAUCCAUAUGAUUCCGCUUCUACCCAGCACGAAACUCACUCGACCCGCCAAUUUCGUGAGGGAAGAGUGGGCGACGUACUUCGACAAGGGCCGAGCCGAAAAUGUCGAAGGAGGCUGGAAGGGGAUUCUCUUCGCCAAUCUAGCCACAGUCGACCCCAAGGCAGCGUGGGAUUUCUUUACACGGAAGGACUUUGAUCCUGGGUGGCUGGACGGGGGCGCUUCGUUGACGUGGUAUCUGGCGUACUGCGCAGCAUUUAUGUGA